GGCCAGCGUGUCAGCACUGGACACCCACCAUGCCCAUCCCUCCCUUCGAGCCCCCAGGAGACAGAUGGGGGGGGGCAAAAGCAAAGGGAGUGGCCUCAAGGCUGGCCAGGGGCAGCACCCAGGCACCCUGACACGUGCCUCUCCCUGGGGUGGGACGUGGCGCAGCGGCCGGCGCUGCCCCCCCACCCCCCUGAGCCCCAGAGGCGCCGGAGCUGUACCUUCACAUUUUCCACUGAAGUGGUGCCAACCCCAGAGCCUCCCUCUGGAUUCCUUGGCCAGGGCUCUGGGCAGCCACAGACAAGGGUGACCUCAUCGCCCGCGGGCUCCCUCCCCUGGCGGGGGCCUUAGGCAAAAGUAGGUAGCCACAGGCAGGGACUCAGGGAAGACCCCACCAACCCACUCAAAGGGGAGGCGGAAGCCACUGUAUUCUGCCCUGCAACCUUUUGAGGACCCCCAGCUCCCCCGGUCCUGCCCCCCACCCCACCUCCAGCGGGCAGAACAGCUACAUUCCCGGACACACAUUCCUGGUCGAGGCCCCUGCCAGCCACCACCCUCCCUCCGCCCAGCAUGGAGACUGCUGCCCAGGCGGCCGCUUCCUGCAACAGUAGCCACAGGGGGAGGGGCCCCGAAAAGACUGAGCACAGCUGGGAGCCUGAGGUCCCCUUUGCAGCAGAACAGGACCCCUGGGCCCUGUUCCUCUGCACCUGCCCCUCCCAAGACCUGCUGACUUCAGUCCUCCCAGCAGGCCCAUGCCCAGGGGCACCCCCUGUGCCCUUGCCCACCGUUAGGAAUGCCUUCCCUUCUGCUCAGCACUGGGGAGGGGGGUUGUCUCUCUCCCGUGCCCCAGGUCUACACAGCCACCCCUGAACUGGACAGACCCUGGGGGGCCCAGUGGCCAGGGGGAGAAGGCCCACAGGAGCACUGGGCAGGGUAACGGGGUGGCUUCUCCAGAGCAGGGGAGCAGCAGGAGCCAGGAAAGGGGAGAGGGAUCCAAGCAGAGAGCACAACUUGUGCCAGACCUGGAGGGUGCUGCUGAUGCCAGAAGGGGGCAGGUGCAGGACAGACAGGCUGUGCCACCGGGCGACCCCACGGGCAAAUCUGGAGGGGGCAGCCAAGGGGUUUGGGGCUGAACUGCAGCCCCUGAAUGCUCCUCUGUGCCCCUCCUUUGCCUGGCACAGAAGGCCCAAGUGUACAGGGGAGGGAGAGACAGACAGGGUGUGGCCACGCGCCUGGGCCAGGGCAGCUGGGUUAACUUGGUCAUGCCAGGGCAGAAGGCCGGGUCAUGGGUCCCACUUGACCCUCCUGCCCCUGCUGAGGGGCGGCGGGAGGGGGCUACACAGCCCCAGCACCACCCAAACUGGCUCCUGCUUCCCGGAGACAGCAAGAUGCUCCAGGCCCCUUCAGCGUGGCGAAGGCAGAGGGACGCAGGGCCCCUGCUCCGAGCGCCUCCAGGGGCCGGGAGGCGGGGAGGAGGGCGGGCCGGCGCGGGGGAGGGGCGGCCGCCGCUAUAAAGGCCCGGCCCGCGGCCCCGCUCCAGCCCGGGACGCACACGUGCGCGCGGCGCCGCAGCCGCCACCGCGGGCGCCCAGAGACCCGCGCUCCCCGGCCCGGCGCCCGCCCGCCCGCGAGGCCCGGUGGCGGCAUGCGCUGCGCGCGGCGGAGCUGACGGCGCGCCCGCCGGCCACAUCCCUCGCCAUGCUGCGCUCGGCGCCGCCCGGCCGCUACCUGUACCCCGAGGUGAGCCCGCUGUCGGAGGACGAGGACCGCGGCAGCGAGAGCUCGGGCUCCGACGAGAAGCCCUGCCGCGUGCACGCCGCGCGCUGCGGCCUCCAGGGCGCCCGGAGGCGGGCCGGGGGCCGGCGGGCCGUGGGCGGCGGCUCGGGGCCUGGGGGGCGGCCCGGCCGCGAGCCCCGGCAGCGGCACACGGCAAACGCGCGCGAACGGGACCGCACCAACAGCGUGAACACGGCCUUCACGGCGCUGCGCACGCUCAUCCCUACCGAGCCGGCCGACCGCAAGCUCUCCAAGAUCGAGACGCUGCGCCUGGCCUCCAGCUACAUCUCGCACCUGGGCAACGUGCUGCUGGUGGGCGAGGCCUGCGGCGACGGGCAGCCGUGCCACUCGGGGCCUGCCUUCUUCCACGCGGCACGCGCGGGCAGCCCCCCGCCGCCGCCGCCCCCGCCCCCGCCGCCCCCUGCCCGCGACGGCGAGAACGCCCAGCCCAAACAGAUCUGCACCUUCUGCCUCAGCAACCAGAGAAAGUUGAGCAAGGACCGCGACAGAAAGACGGCGAUUCGGAGUUAGAGGCGGAUGCCGCUGGGCGAUGCGCAGAGAGCCCCCCACGGACCUGACUCGGGCACAGGCCUCCUGUGAGGGCGCCCACCAGGCCAGUCCUGCCUCCGGCUAAGAGUGGGGCCGAUGGACAGGCAGGCGGUGGCAGGACUCUGAGCUGGCCCCAGCACUUGCCCAGACCCACUGGAACUUUCCGUGCUGGCUUCCUACCUGGGUUUUCUUCUGGUCACUACGUGCUGGCAUCUUGUGUCUUUGAUAUGAUAAUAUAAAGUCUGAAAUUUUGUAUAAUUAAAAACAAAACAAUUAUCUUCCAAACAUGGAAGCACACUGUUCCCUUGAACGGUUCAGGAUCCAUGCUGAGUCCAGCCUGAGUGGGCACUCCAGCCUCAGGCUCUCUCUUCUCACGUCCUGUGUUCCCUGUGCUGGAGGCACCCUAGGACUCAGGGCCAUCCCUCCCAGGCCCGAGGCCAAGUGAGGUGCCUCCUGUCAGGGACAGUGGCCUGGGGGCUAAGGGAGGCUAGCCAGGGAGCAGAGGGCAAGAAAAGGUGAGAGCAAGUCCCCGCCACAUGGCGAGGGACUGAGUGGGACACAGCCAGCCCUAGGACAGGGGAGCAGCCUUGCCGGCACCCAGGUACCCCAACAAGGGUAAGGAGGGCAGAGCUUGCAGCACGCAGCACGCGGGGCCCCGGGGAAUGGGCACUGCAGCCUUUGCUCACAGAGCCCCAAGAAGUGGAAAUGGGGAGAAGGCUGAGCGAGGGGCUGCUUGGCAGAGGGGAUUCCCAGGCCUGGGCCGGGUGGCAGCCGCCUGUAUGUACCCCUGGGUACCCACACCAGGCCCAGCCUGGCUCCCCCUGCACAAGCUGUGAGCAGAGAAAGGCCACAAGCCUCUGCCCCUAGCCCUGCACUUGGCCCCUUGCAGCGCUGCCCACACUGGGAGGACCCCUGGCCACCUACCACUGUGCUCCACCCGACCCCUCCAAAGGCCCCACCUGCCCGUGAAGAGGGCCAUUCAGGCCCCCUCCCUGAGCUGUGUGCAGCUGGCUGACCAUUAAAAUCCUGCAGGUGACAAUUAUAGUUUAGUAGUGUGAGCCCCAUGGGCACAGCAGAGAAGCAGGGCGGGGCGCCCUCCUGUGGGCCACCUCCCCCACCAACCCAGGCAGCCAGCAGCCUGACUUCCCGCCAGCACCCGCGGGGUGGGGAAUGGCCGAGAGCGCCAGGUGCCGGCCCCGGGCCCUCCAGCCCUCAGCGCAGGCUCAGGGCCCCCAGUGACGCACCCUCCUGCCCCAGGGAAGGCCAGGUGCUGAGGCCCACGUGGGCACCCCAACAGGGCAGGGCCAGAGCCGCCUCCCACCCCCCCCAUGGAUGGGCUCCAGGGACUACAAAGCAGGAAGCAGUGGUGUAAUUUUGGAGGAAGUUCUCAAAGCCAGAGCCGUUAAGGAUGGAGGGGACUGUGUCCAAUCUGAUAGAAACGUAACAGGAUAAAAAGUCACAACGGCAGGUUCCAUUCAGAGAGAAACCCAACCCCAAAUUUCCUCUCCUUAAUCCUGCAAGAGCCUACAGCUGGCCAAGCAGUGGGGGAGAGGGCAAGCUUGGUCACUGCAGGAGUCCCCCACCCCACCGCCUGCCCGGGGAGCCAGGACCCAGGCAGGGGACCUGGGGGUCCAGCUGUGGGCUGAGAGGGGCACCCCGAUGCUGCGAGAACACAACCUGGGGGAGGUGGCCGGCAGGCAGGUGCCCCCAGGAUCUCCAUGCCUGCCUCUCCAGCCCCACUGGACACCGUCCAGUUCUGUGGGGAGGGUCCAUGGCCCACCUGCCUCUCACCCACUGGCCUCACAAUUCUAUGCCUGGCCCAGGUGGGAGGUGCACCCGAAGAUGAUGGGUGGCCAGGUGGGCACCCACCUCGCAGUCACAGGGGGACCUGGCCAGUGUGAGGAGCAGAUGGGGGGAGCAUGCACUUUGUAAGAAGGCCUGAGAGAAGAAAGUGCAUUAGGAAUGACACCCCUGAGAGCUGAAGGACAGAUGGCAGCGAGAUGGGGGACAUGGGCAUCGAGGACCCUUGCCUGGAGCCCAAUGCAGGAGGAUGGGUCGAGGAUGCUGGGAAGGCAGUGGGAGAGGACAGGCCGCUGGGACGGUCCCCAGGGGCCUGGCCGGUCAGGGCACAGUGCAUGCAGGCCAAGCCCUUCACUGCUGGGCCUGUGACUCCAACAGCGGCUGCAGCUUGGCCGGCCUCAGGCCUGGGCAGCAGGCCCGGUCGCUCCCUGAGCUGCACCGGUAGCAGCAGCGGCCCCAGCCCGCCAGCCAGCAGGAGAGGAAGGGGAGGGGCGGAGGAGGAGCACGCCGUCACCCUCCACCACUCCAGAAAUUCAAACCAGACCGGGGGUGGCGGGCCUGCCCGAGCCCCGAGGCCCCACGCGCGUCCACUCAGCUACUCACAGCCUCCAGGCCAGGAUGGCAGGUGCUCCCCACCCACUGCAGCCCGCCUCCUCCCCAGAAUGCUAGCCUCACCCUCCACCAACCUGAGGGCCAAGGGACAAAGACCCAGGGCUCCCUGUGUGUGUGCCCCACAGAGGCAGUUGGAAAGGAGGGGCCGGCCAGCACCCUGGGCCAGCAGCCGCCACUGCGGGCCAAGCUGGGCUGGAAACACUCGGAUCGGCCUCAGCUGUCAGCUCCCUGUCCCCGGCCCGGGGAAUGAGCUGCUGGCGGCACCACAUGAUUCAUCACCAGGCCGCCUGCGCCCGCAGGCCAGCCGGCCCCCACCCUGCUCAGCACCUGCGGGCUGCCAGGAAGCACAUGUGACCCCUCAGGGGCCAGCGCCCGUGGACCCCUCCGGGUCAGGCACCGAGCUUGGUCCUGGGAGCCCAGGCUGAGGGCACAGACAGCCCCCAGGUCACACUCUCCUGGGGGGCCACUUUGCCCCAAGGAUAAGCCUGUGGGAUGAGGCCGGCAGGGGUCCCCCGCCCCCGAGGCUGCACCGGACACAGGCAGCAACUGGCUGAUGUGUCGGCUGGGAUUUUUCCGCUCUCGAUGAGCCCCCUCCCCUCCCCCUCCCCAAAGUGGCUGCAGCUGUCAGGACCGCAGAUUGGAACUGCAGGUACGGCGCUGGCCCGCUGCCCACCUCCCUCCCGUGUCUGUCUGCGAGAGAGGAAGCCGGCCCACCUCUGGAAUCCUUCACUCUCUCCUCAUUCGCCUCUCCCACCUGUCCCCGGGGAGCACGGGGUCAGCCGCCCUCGCUCGGUCUCUCUCUUUUCCCGGCCCCUCUCCGAUUACAAUGCCGGCAGUGUUCGCUCAGCUCCCCUGCACGAAGCUCCCGCCUGUCUCGAAGCGCCACUCGGCCUUCCUGCACCUCGUCCCUCCUCACCCCUCCACGGUGUUUAAUCUCUGUCGGAGUGCCUGGCGGGAGGGGGCUGGGCUGUGCACCCCCGCUCACCUGCUGCAGCUGAACCUACAGAAGGUUCCCGCAGGAUGAGUCCUAGUUGACAGACCAAAGGGGAGAAAGCCAGGCCCUCCUCGGCCUCUUCCUGCACCAAAGGCCAAAGCUAGUCGAGAGGACCCCAGCAGGGGACGGGGCCAGAAGCAGAGCCCGCUGGCUGUAGCCGGCUGGGCUGGGAUGGGCCAGGCAGGGAACUCAGAACCACUUUGCCCAACCUCCUCUAUCAGACUGCCCCUUCCGUUGGCUGACUCAGGUGGCAGGGCACGUCUGCAGAGGCCAGCCCAGAUGCCCCCACCUCUGUCUGUCUGGGCCCACCGCUGAGCCAACAGACACGUUCAGGCACAGGGCCCCUCGGAGCCCAAUGCUUGGCCUCCACCAGCACCUCUAAGGCUGUGGGGGAGCAAGUCCACGCCCCAUGGGUUCCACAGGGUGGGGAGAGGGCUGCCACUGCUCGUGGGUCCUCAGAUACCCGAGACCCCCACCCACCUGCCCCUCUCCUGGGGCUGAGGAGGAUCCAAUGGGCAUUCCCAUGUGGGGCACCCCAACUCUUGGCUUCCUGCAGGCAGGAGCUCCCAGAAAUUCCUUUGGGAGUGCUGGAGGGAACAUAGGUUCAGGGACCCUCACUGAGUGGGGCAAAGGCCUGUUCUGAGCCCCACUAUUCGAAGACAGAGCUGCUGCUUCAGGUUGGGCCUGAUCCCAGAGCUCCACACCUACCCUCAGCACCGCCCAAAGUCUCCUUCUGGAGGACUCACCCUCAGCCCCAAGCACUGCCCACACACAGCAGCCUCUGCCUGUGGCCCCUGGGACAUGUGCCUGGUCCCCACUCUGCAGCCAGCACCCCCACCCACCCUUGCCCUCCACACGCCUGCCCUUG